AUGGAUACAAAAAAGAAAGGUAUAAUGAAAGGAUCAAAAAAGGAAUUAUAGGUUCAAAGAAUAGAUAAAUUUAGAAAUAAUAUAACUCUAGGAUCUAAGAAACAUAGAAUUUCUUUUAUUGAUGAGAUUAAUAAAUAACAAUCUCUUGCUUAAGUGCAUGAGGUAGAAAAUUGGAAAAUCUAUAAUAUUGAAGGACCUAUUUAAGAAGCAAAAUAAUCAUGUGGAUGCAUAAUAAUUUGA